AUGGAAGAUGCCGAAAUCGAGAUCGAGGCGGUUCGCAGCAUCUGGCCAGAUGUUCUAGUAGAUCGCUCAAUUCCCGGCCACCUAAUUGUAAAGCAUAAGAUCAAAUCGAUGGAGAAUGAGGAAACGUCGGCGAGUGUUCGAAUCGAAGUCAAAAUUUCGGCGCGGUAUCCGUCUGAGGCGCCGAUUGCGGCGGUGUCGAAUCCGCGCGGCAUCGACGAUAAGGAUUUCGAUGAGCUUCAAACAAAAAUCGAUGAGUUGAUUCGGAAUAAUCGCGACGAAAUGCCGAUUAUUUGCGAAUUAUUCCAAAUGUGCUGCGACUUUCUAACCGAACGUCAGCACACCAGCGAUCUCGCAUGUCUGAUCUGCCUUCGCGAUCUCGCCCAACUGCCGAUCACCGUGACGCCGUGCGAUCAUUUCCUGCAUUCGAAAUGUUUCAUCAAAUAUUUGAGCCAUGUGGAAAUCGACAAAAAACGCGAACUCGAUGAAUGCGAGAAGAAUUUCCGAGCGAUUCUCGAUCAGACGGUCUAUUGCCCGGUGUGUCGAUAUUCGCUAACCGGCGGACGCGAUUUUCGUUCGGAGAUUCGCGAGCUCGUCCACGACGCCAAAAAGAAUCAGAAGACGUUGAAGAAGGCGACGGCGGAGGUGGAGAGUCCGCUCGACUUGAAAAAAUGGCGUGAAGAGCAGAAGCGAUUGCAGGCGAUUUUUGAGAGGCAAAAAGAGCGCGGAGGAAUCAUCGACGAGGAAGCGGAGAGGAAACGAUAUUUCUAUAUCGACACGACGAAUAAUUCGGGAAAUUCUAGGCGAUUGUGA